AUGAUGAAUCCAACCGAAUCGACCAACCCCAACGAGCACACAAGUUCACCUACAGCCGAAGGCUUGUCACGGCUUGUGACGCCCUCCAACCGUCUAGAAGCCAAUAUUGCAUUCCGUUAUGCCUUCGUUGUUCUCUAUAUGGUUUUCGUCGUCUACCAGAUUGGUAUCAUUCUGGAAUCCGAAAGGCUGGACAACGGAGCAGAAAGUCCUUCCGAACAUGCCUUUUGGGGAGGCAUAUUCCUCGCACAUUUGAUUUGGGUAGUUUCGCAUUGGUUGCUCCCUGCCUACUACAGAGACGAUUCGGAGAUGAAGAACGGUUUCGGCUGGAGCCCCGCUAUUUGGAUCGCGCAAAUCGUGCUGUCUGGAUUCGUUGUUGCCAGCGCUGGACGCUGCUAUGUAUACCAACAACUAUCUUUCCUUGGAAUGAUUGUCUCUCUUGGUGCAACUGAGACUAUUUUUAUCAUCACAAAAAUUGAUAUUUUGAGUGUUGUUCAGCAAACACCUAUCGAAGACUUGUAUAGGCAUGUGAUGCCCUCCAGCCGUCGAGAAAUGAUUAUUACAUUAUGUGUGGUCAUCACAACCUUCUACACUUUGAUCAUCCUCGAAUAUGAAACCCUGGUCUCCAAUGUUCGCACCGGAAAUAAUGACGUAUAUGCCUUUUGGAAAGUCCUCUUCUCCGCACACUUCUUGAUUUGGCUAUAUUUGGAUAUUUUGUUGCUUCCUUCCUACCGAGACGACUCGGAAAUAAAAAACAGCAGGAUUUGGAUCUUGCAAGUUGUGUUUUUUCAAUCAUUCUGUUCCAUACGCUACCCUUUUCUUGGAAUGAUUAUCGUUCUCGGUGCACCUGAGAUUGUUGUUUUCAUGACAAAAAUUAUGACCAAGAUUGAUGAUGUAUGGGAAAAUUGGUAA